UGGGUACCGUGGAUAUGCACAGUACGGAUACGGACCGACUGAGUGUCACUUGGGAGAAUGACAUUUAAAAUCCGUGACUGAGAGUACAACGACGACGACGACGACGACGAAGGAGAGGAGGUGGAAAGAUAAACAGAGCAGAUAGGGUUGACAGUCCGACGUUGACAGUUUUGACAGCCUGGGGCACAUGGGGCAUUGAAUCACCGUUCAAGUUGAGUGCUGUUGAAGAAGCAGCGAUCAUGGAUCGCAACAACGAUCUGGACCAACACUUGCUGCACCAGUUCAGUUGCCUGGGCACCACGGACAAAGAUGAUUUAGUGAAGCAGCUGCAGAAGCUACUGGCGGACAGCCAUCUGAAUGAGACCACUGCUGCGUUCUUCCUUGACAUGAACAAUUGGAAUCUGCAAGCAGCAAUUUGCAGCUAUAUUGAUUUUGGAAAUCCCUUCAAUACGCCGUGCAUGACAUUGAUAUGCGAUAGUACGAUCGGCGAGGGAGAAGCUGUGCCACCUAAUACAAACUUUCAGAAGUCAUGGCGCGUGCAGAACAGUGGUACCGAGGCAUGGCCCAGUGGGAUCCACCUGCAGCAUUCUGGUGGAGUGCAAAUGGGCUGUGCACGGAUACCUGUUCCACCAUUGGCCCCCAAAGAAACCACAGAGUUAAGCGUAACGUUGAAAAGUCCGGCUGAAACCGGCAUGCAUCAGAGUAAAUGGAGAAUGAUGACGCCCAAUGGUGUCUAUUUUGGUGAUGUUAUCUGGGUGAUCAUAACGGUGAAUGAAUGCGGCACAUUGGCAGUCACUCAACAGUUGCAUCAGUUAAGUACACAGUCCAAUGAUGUACAAAUGUGCUAGCCUUUGACGUACAAAAGUCUCCCUUAAGAAAGAUUUGCGAAAUAAAACGUCUCUCAGAUCGUUGUGAGAAUCGGCAGUUAUUUCUAAAUUUUGUAUAGUUGCUUUUUUCACAACGGAGCUUUUUAUCGCUCCAGCAUCUCGUAAAAAGAAAUUGCUGUGUGUAGCAGAGCCAUUAAUAAAAUAUACAAUAGA